AUGAAAGGUAGUCGAUCUGGAAUCGCGUGGCGGUCACAUGUGGAAUACCAUGAUUAUGCGGCUUCUUGCACGCCAUCCUCUCACUAUGGGCCGCAUCUACAGAUCGUCAUCGAAGUCGUGGGCAGGUUGGGAUCGAAUUUCAGACUCUCUUUCGCGUGGUACCGGUCAACAGCAAGAGCCGCGUACAAUGGACACGUCAUUGGGAAAAACUCAGUCUCAUCGCAAUUAUCACCCGCCUGCUUGAGUAUAAAGGACAAUCUCAUGUCAUCAUUACCCUCUUUCACACAAGAUAUAAUACUUCCCGAUGAUGUUUCGAUUCCCGGAAGCUAUCUCGGUGCAAGGACUAUGCCUGACGGUACAUUGGAGAUUUGUAGCAAGGACGAGAGGUCUGCGCUGGAUCACAUCUCCCUUUACCGGUCGGACGCGACUAGACAGCUGCUUACUCUCGAUGGCUCCUUCGCGGUUCUGAUGUCUUGCCACAAGGAGCAGGAAUCUGUACGCACGACGAUCCACAACGCCGGCGAUGGUAAGGUCCUCGCGGGGUAUGAAAUCGGGCUCAACCGAGGAUACAAGUUUGUCGCGCCUAGUGUCCCAUACACGGUGGAGAUGAUCGAAGCGAUGAAGUCGCACCUGCGGAUACUGGAAAAGAUUGCAUACAGCGAUAUCGCCUUGUUACAGAAAGUGAGAAAGUCCCUGAUGGUUACCGAAGCGGUCUGGAGUGUCGGAGAAUCCUUCUUGCUCGUUGCGAAACGACAACUUGUCAGAUAUGCCACUCGCGCACCAGGGUUUCGAGAGCUGGAGCGAGAGAUCAUUAAAGCUGUCACGGGUGAUAGGAGCAUCGAAGGACCAUUCAAGACUGGAAGAGACAGUGGAUCGGCCAAUGAUAGAGCCAUCAAAUAUUUGGCUUGGGCUAUGCUUAUGGACCGGUCUUUCGAGGCACUGACACAAGACGCUCAGACCCAUUUUGACGUGGAAUCUUUCGUCAAAACUGUCCUGUUUUAUCUUUGUGUUUAUCACAAGAAGCUCAGUGACCACGAGAAGAGAAGCUUCAGAUUCAACUGGUAGUCUAGCAGUGCAUAUAGCCUCUAUUAAUAGGUCGGGAAGUUUACCGAUAUUCCGUCGUGGACAUAUCACGUAGCAUCAACUCUAGCCCUAUGAGAC